ACUCCAGUGAUUAAGGACAUCUACAAAUACAUCAUGCUGGGCUGUACCCCUCGAUCGACCUUCGGUAUUAAUGAAACAGAAGUUAAAGCUGACGAUGAAUACGAAACUGAAAAGCCAAUUGAACUCCAGAGCAAAAGCAGUAUGUCAGAUAAAUCCUCAUACACUGGGACAGAAGUUGAAGAAAGCCCCAAGGAGGAUGCCGGCGGUACUGAAUUUUCAAGCGCCCUUGGAAUUUUCUUCUCCUGUGUCGGCUCUGUCGUUGGUUCCGGUAAUAUCUGGCGGUUCCCGCGUAUUGUGGCCCAAAACAGUUUUGACGAGGGAUCUCUUGCCUUCCUCAUCGUCUGGAUAUUUUCCCUAUUCUUGUGGUCAAUACCCAUCAUCAUCAUCGAAUUUACUGUUGGUCGUUUCACUAAGUCCGGUCCUCUUAUAAGCUUUUCCAAAUUCUUCGGUCAGAAGCUGGCGUUCAUCGGUGGCUGGACAGUAUUUGUUCCCUUUCUGAUCAGUUGCUAUUACAAUGUCAUCGUCGGUUGGUGUCUCUACUACGUUUACUAUGCAUGUGCGACUCCGGAACUUCCGAAAAACGAAACAGAAAGCAUCGGCGUUUUCAAUUCUUUUACUCAGGAGUCCAACUAUCCUGUACUUUGCCACACGAUCUCGCUCGUGCUUGUCACAAUCUGCGUCUUCGGUGGAUUGAAAUGGAUUGAGAAAGUUAACACCACUCUGGUCACGCUUUUGGCAAUCAUUAUUCUGAUCACUUUUGGGUGGGCCUUGUCUCUACAGUACGCUGACGUCGGACUUCAGUACCUCUUCACACCAGCUUGGUCCAGCCUUGGAAGCGCAGAGUUAUGGAUACAGGCAUUCAUACAAAACGCAUUUGAUACGGGCGCGGGAUUAGGACACUACGCCGUCUAUUCUGCCUAUUUUAAACGAAGUGAUGCUUCCGUCAUUUACGCUGUCACCCUACCCAUUAUUAAUAACCUUGUCAGCCUAAUCUGUGCAAUGUCCAUAUUCAGCACAGUCUUCGCUACGAUGAUUUCUACUCGACCUACGCUCACUAUAACGGCUAUUCAGAACCUGAUGAAGGAUAGUGGUCCUGGCAGCACUGGUCUCACGUUUACAUGGAUCCCAGUUUUGUACCAAACUAUGGGCAUCGCAGGUCGUGUACUAUGUGGGCUGUUCUUCAUUUGUCUAUCUUUCGCUGGUUUGACCACACAAAUUUCCAAUGUUCAGCUCACAACUGUCACAUUGAAAAACUGUGGAGGUAUGCUGCAUCGUAUACUACUCAAAAUCUAUAUAAAUUCCCCAAUAAACGCACGCUUUGGUCAUUACAUUGCAACGACAAUUGCUGUAGUAAUCACAUUCCUGCUUGGCGUACCGGCCGCCCUCAAUAUAACCUACCUUACAAAUCAGUGGUUGGUCCUCGUAGUCGUCCUGCUUAUUUUGAACAUCAUUCUGGUGAAAUGCCACAUUGACAUUCUUAGCAAGGACGAUGGACAAGGCUAUGAUCCUUAUCAUCUGGAGCAGGUGCCGUAUGGUCAAGAAGAGCAUGGACUUGUAGUUGAAGUCGAAGAAAAAGAUGUUGAACCGAUAAACGUAUUUUAA